GAGUUGCCAUUUGGGGCUCAGGGUCGGAGCCCAGAGCAGCCAUCACAAUAGCGUCCAACAGCUGGAACGCCAGCGGCAGCCCCGGGGAGGGGCGAGAAGAUGGACAGGAAGGGAUGGAUAAGAGUCUGGACAAUGAUGCCGAAGGAGUGUGGAGUCCAGACAUUGAACAGAGCUUCCAGGAGGCACUGGCGAUAUACCCGCCCUGUGGCCGGCGCAAGAUUAUCCUCUCGGACGAGGGCAAGAUGUAUGGUCGCAAUGAAUUAAUAGCAAGGUACAUCAAGUUACGAACGGGGAAAACACGGACAAGAAAACAGGUGUCCAGCCAUAUACAGGUUCUAGCUCGGAAGAAGGUGCGCGAGUACCAGGUUGGCAUUAAGGUCUCUAGCCACUUGCAGGUUCUAGCCAGACGGAAAUCUCGUGAGAUUCAGUCCAAACUGAAGGCUAUGAACUUGGAUCAGGUCUCAAAGGACAAGGCUCUGCAGAAUAUGGCUUCCAUGUCGUCUGCACAGAUUGUCUCUGCCAGCGUCCUGCAGAGCAAGCUCAGCCCCCCUCCGCCACUCCCUCAGGCUGUCUUCUCUGCUCCUCCCAGGUUUUGGAGUGGGCCUAUCCCAGGACAGUCUGGACCUUCUCAGGACAUUAAACCUUUCACACAACCAGCCUACCCCAUCCAGCCACCCAUGCCUCCAUCACUAGCCAGCUACGAGCCCCUGGCUCCUCUCCCACCUGCUGCCUCGGCUGUGCCAGUCUGGCAGGACCGUACGAUCGCCUCCACCAAGCUGCGGCUCCUUGAGUAUUCAGCAUUCAUGGAAGUGCAGCGGGACCCAGAAACGUAUAGCAAGCACCUCUUUGUGCAUAUUGGGCAGACGAACCCCUCCUACAGUGACCCUCUGCUGGAGGCAGUGGACAUCCGCCAGAUCUAUGACAAGUUUCCUGAGAAGAAAGGUGGCCUGAAGGAGCUCUACGAGAGGGGACCUCAGAACUCCUUUUUCCUAGUGAAGUUCUGGGCGGAUCUGAACAGCACCAUUCAGGAUGGUCCUGGUGCUUUUUAUGGUGUCAGCAGUCAGUAUAGCAGUGCAGAAAACAUGACCAUCACAGUCUCCACUAAGGUGUGCUCCUUUGGGAAGCAAGUAGUCGAGAAGGUGGAGACUGAGUAUGCACGGAUGGAAAAUGGACGGUUUGUAUACCGGAUCCAUCGGUCCCCUAUGUGCGAGUAUAUGAUCAACUUCAUCCAUAAACUGAAACACCUCCCAGAAAAAUACAUGAUGAACAGCGUCCUGGAGAAUUUCACCAUCCUGCAGGUUGUUACGAAUAGAGAUACCCAGGAAACCUUGCUCUGCAUAGCCUUUGUUUUUGAGGUCUCCACCAGUGAACACGGUGCCCAGCAUCAUGUAUACAAGUUGGUCAAAGACUAGAGGCCCCGAUUGGGUAACCAGGCUAUUUGAGAGAGGAGAGAAGUCUUGUCAAGAGAAGCCACCCGUAUAGGAUGCCUUGAUGCAAGUCUUUUGAAAGCAAACAACAACAACAACAAAAUGCCAAAAAGGACUGUUUCACAAUCACAGAUGUUUUCUACUUAGGAACUAUUUUUUAAAACAAACAGAAAAAAAUACAGGAAACCAUGAAGUCGGAGGAGUUAUAUCUGAAUGCAGCAGGGGCGGGACUGUCCCUGGGGUUUAGGUCAUCAGUAUUUCAGGAUGGGUUGUUGCUAAGGCCUGGUAUCUCUGGAGGCCUUUCCCAGCACACAGUACCACAACAGCAUCUGGGGAAAUGAGACUGUCACUCUCUUCUU